CGAGCACCAUUGUCGCAUAGUCUGAAGGACUCAAGUGGUCUUUAACACUCACUCGUUACAUCGAUUAGCAGUCUCAUCUCGGGAGCACUCCUUUACCUGAACACAAUCGUUUGACGGGUCGCCUCGAUGCUGCCAUCUUCACCUUCUGUGCAACGCGCACCACCCUCAGGCACAACAUAAAUAAUACUACCAAACCAGCGAUGGCAACCGCUCAACUACCCACCAGAUUCCCUUGCUGGUGUCGCGCAGUCUACUCUUGGGGAGGCGAGACGGACAAGGAUUUAGGAUUCGUCGAAGGCGAUCUGAUAGAAUGUCUCAAUGCUGGAGAUGGCUCAUGGUGGAUGGGGAGACUGAGGAGAGACAAGAGGAUGAUGGGCUUGUUUCCGUCCAACUUUGUCGUGGUCCUCGAGGACGGCUUCGUGCCGAUGAGUCGAUCUGUCAGUCCCAUGCCCGACUUGCAGAAAAGCGACAGCGGGCGCAAGAACUCUCUGGCGCAGAUUCAAGAGAAGAAAGAGAGAGCAAAGUCAAGAAGACCAUUCCAAGGCUACAAGAGUGCCAAACCUCCCACUGGCCACGGAGCACCUGCACCGCAACAACCCACAACUCCUGCCCCGUCAAGUCAACCUGUCUACGACCCCAGAAAUCCUCCGUCUACUGUUCUCUGGCAGCAGCGACCACCUUCAAGAACGCCUUCACCCAUACCACACCAUGAGAUCGGAUCAUCACCACCACCACCUCCCCCACCUCAUCGCAUCCUGGGAGGACCCAACGGCCAUUUAUCUCGGGCUCCCUCUCCCUCGCCUCAGGCAUUGGAUAUGAACGACAGAUACCAGACAUUCUCCCGCACGCCUUCACCUGCUCCACCCUCGUUAAAUGGUCAUACCCCUCCCAUGAUACGAAACGCGAUGGAUGAAGUGAUGUCUUCGCUCGACGACAUGACAUUGGUCAGACAUGGUUCACACCACGAACAAGAGAAAGAAUUCAACCCAUGGUCGCCAGAAGCCUUCGAUGAUUUCCGCCGGCCAAAUGGAAGACCGGAACCUCGACCUUUGACCAGCCUGGGGCUAGGCGCAGGAGGCAGCAAUUACUCAGAAGGACGUAUCAACUACAGUAGCCGCCACAACAGCCCCGAUAGAUUCCACGAUGCUCCUCCUAGGCUGGAGAAUUAUGUCCAGAGGAUGGAGAGCAGACUUCGCCGGAUGCAGCAGGCUCGAGAAGGCUCAGACCCGGACGACGGCAUGGGCAGUGAUCCUCCGGAGCCUCCACCAAAGAACUCCCCGUGGGCGUCAAGACCGGUUUCGUCGAUGGCAGAUCGGAAGAGGUCAAUACGGAAGAGAAAGUCUGCUUAUGAACUUGGAGGCGACGGACUAGCAAGAACCUACACAACAAAGACCAACUCUACAAAUUCGAGUAGUGGUGUCCAGAGUGUCGCGACUAAUUCUUCACACCAGUCGAGCAUGACUAGUCAAAGCCUUAUGAGUGGAUACUCUGCGGGGGCCUUCAGUGCGACCAGUGCUGGAAGUCUUGCCAGGAAGAGAAUGGGCAGUAUCCGGGAUCGAGUGGCCAGGCCUAUGACAAGCGCUGGGAUGAGGAACGAUCGGUGGGAUCAGACUGAUUUGCGGCCGACGACCCCAACAACAGGAGUCUCGUUCCAUUCCAACCAUGACUCCAGGCAAGGUGCAAAAUCAGCGAUAGGAUGGGAAGAUGCGGACAGAAGUGCAACUGGUGGUCUGGGCGGCUUCAUGACGCCAAAGGCGAAGAAACCUGGCUUCUUCAAGAAACUGAUGGACAGUGCAAAGACGGGAGCAGCAAGUGCCAGGAGUACCAUUUCUGCGAGCCAGACAGGGAGCAAUGCAGGAUCACCUACGAAAAUGACAGGCAUUGCUGGAGGUACAGCCUUCAAUGCGCCUGUCCAGAGCACAAACGGUGGUGCUUAUGGCAGAGACGCUGCUCGAGAGAUGGGGUUGGUCAGCGGAGCAUCGGGUGCCUACAUUUUGACCCGCCGGGACGUCAAUCGAUCGAAUACACCCGGACCUUCAGAGCGACAAGAACGAGCCGACCGUUGUCACAUGCUGGAUCAGCCGGUGAUUUGCCCUGUUGAAGAAAUGUUUGGGACUUUGCAAGGCGACGAGGACGCUGGUGGCCGACCAGUAUACGAACCAUUCCAGCUCAGCAAUCCCAGUUUCAGCCAGGUAGAUAAGGCAGCCCGGUUUAUUACCAGCUUACCAAGCAGCAUCACAGCCGCCAGUCUGGCGACAGGUUUCAUCUGUCGUCCAUAUCGAAGUGGUGUUCAGAGACUCCGAGCCAUCUUCAUCUGGUGCGCAGAGAGGAUCAGCUGGGAAGAAGACCACAGCAUUGACGGGUACAAUUACAAUGCACCCAUCGACACGAGAAGAGUGAUCCAGUCGAGGCGAGGUAGCAGCCAGGAAGUGUCGGCUCUGGUUGUCGAAAUGUGCUCUGCCAUCGGCAUUCAUGCUGAGGUUGUGCAAGGAUACCUCAAAACACCCGGCGAAGAUCUUGACUUGGACGCCCUUUCUCGACCCAACCAUUUCUGGAACGCAGUACUCGUUGACAACGAGUGGAGAAUGAUGGAUGCAAGUCUUGCGAGUCCGACGAAUCCAAAAAGGAUGUUAUAUUCGACUAUCGGCACGAACAUAGCUGAGGCAUGGUAUUUCCUUGCUAAACCAAGCGAGAUCUGUUGGACUCAUGUUCCUGUCGAGGAUCCUCAGCAGCACAUGAUACCGAGUAUCGGUCCGGACGUGCUUCUGAGUCUUCCUGGUACCUGUCCCCCAUUCUUCAGACAGGGACUGUCAAUGCACGCAUACGAUACCAGUGUGAUCAGGAUGGAAGGACUGGAGAUGUGCACUUUAAGCAUCAAUGUGCCUCCUGACGUUGAGAUUGUAGCGGAAGUCGAGGCUAGGAAAUAUCUCCGCGAUCAAGAUGGGGAUGUAUACGAAGACACAGAAAACAUUACCAAGAAGAGAGCGUUGGCCCAACCAAGCUGGUACCGAACUGUGCCGAAUACCGAAAUCUGCCAGAAGCGAUACGUCGUGAAAGCUAUCCUGCCCGGGGAUGAAGGCGUUGCUGUUCUCAAAAUCUAUGCUGGCAAGAAAGGAUUAAUGCUCAGUUCUAGGGAUAUUGUUCACUCUAUCGCAUUAGCACUACCUUUGUACCAGUCUGGUGAGAAUCCUGCAUACGACUUUGCGCUGAGACAUCCUACACCGCAUGCCACGAGGCAAGAUUUGUACGUUGUUCAACCUCAAUGUUUGCGCCUCGGUGCUGGUGAGACGUAUGUCUUUUGUGUCCGACAACAUACGGCGUCGGUAGCUUCGACGCCAGCUACCGAACAAAAUGGCUUCGACCUACGUCCUGUCAGUCCGAAUCCACUAGUGCGACCUGCGAGUGCUAUGAGCAUGACCAGUAGCGCCGCGGGGAGUAAUCCGAGUGAGCAGAGCAGCCACGUCAACGGAGCAGGAGGUGUCAAGAUUGCUAAAGACAAGCCAGCGAAAUUAGCCGUUCAAAGUCCUAGCGGGAAGAUCAUCAGACUCAAUCGCAAGCAUGAAGGACUACCGCAGCCGACGGCCCUCCGAGAAGUCGACGGCGAGAUUCUUGGAAGUGUCUGGGAGACGAUUGUGAAGGUUCAGGAACGUGGUACCUGGCGAGGGCUUGUGCUGGCCGACCGCAGUGCGAGAUGGUGCGUUUUCUGCGAGUGGGAAUGCGUCUAGUGUCUGGCUGGUUGCAAUAAUGAACCUGGAGUGCCGGCGUUUGCGGUUUAUGGCUAAAGAAAAGUUUUGCGCAUUUCAUGGGUGGCGCCCUUGGGGGCAGUUGCCAGCAAUUGGGUUUUUGAGAUAACAUCAGAGUUUGGGCACAGGUUCGGAGACAAUGUUUGAGUUGAAUUCAUCUGCUGGCAAAAGGUAUGGAUGCUCGAUUUGGCUGGAUGUCCGUGGAUGAGGAUCAGCUACCUUAGUCGGAGGGUAUUUGUCGAUAUUGUACGAGUACAAACACACUUUGGGGGUUUUGAUGACUGAAUGAUGACUUCUGCAUGCGCGCGAUCAUAUACACUUUGCCUUCGACAAAGAUACUGGAGUAGCAAUCAUGAUGACCAGAAAGUCCGAG